UUGAAGCGUGAUUACCAGCUACGCCCUGUUGCUGUUGAGUUAUUCAGCAUGGAUGGAUGUAACGAUCUCCUGUUGUUUCAUAAAAGAGAGAGAGAUGAAGUAUUCAAGAAUCUGGUUGCAAUGAAUCUACCAAGGAACAGCAUGUUGGAUACAACCAUUUCAGGAUCUACAAAACAGGAAAGCAACGAGGGUGGCCGUCUCUUUAAAAUAAUGGCUAAAUCUUUCUCAAAGAGGGGCAAAAUGGAGAAAUCAGCAAUUUCCAGUAUCUCAUGCAUCUCAAUACCUUGGCAGGACGUGGAUACAGUGAUCUUACCCAAUACCCAGUCUUUCCAUGGGUUCUUGCUGACUAUGAGAGCGAGAGCCUGGACUUGUCAGAUCCCAAAACCUUCCGCAAACUUGACAAACCAAUGGGCUGUCAGACACCUGAAGGGGAGGAGGAAUUUAAGAAAAGAUAUGAGAGCUGGGAUGACCCAGAAGUCCCAAAGUUUCAUUAUGGUUCUCAUUAUUCCAUUGCUGGCAUUGUUCUGUUUUAUCUUCUUCGCUUGCCUCCAUUUAGUGUGGAAAAUCAGAAGCUACAGGGUGGUCAGUUCGAUCAUGCUGAUCGUCUUUUCAAUUGCAUAAGAGACACUUGGCUGAGUGCUGCUGGGAAGGGUAACACAUCAGAUGUGAAAGAACUGAUACCAGAAUUCUUUUACUUGCCUGAGUUUUUGGAAAAUCGUUUCAACCUUGACUUGGGGGAGAAACAGUCAGGGGAAAAGGCUGGUGAUGUUUUCUUACCUUCUUGGGCUAAAGGAAGUCCUAGGGAGUUCAUCCGGAAGCAUAGAGAAGCGCUAGAAUCUGAUUUUGUUUCAGAAAAUCUGCACCAUUGGAUAGACCUCAUUUUUGGAUAUAAACAAAGAGGAAAGGCGGCAGAAAAAGCUGUUAAUGUGUUCUACCAUUACACAUACGAGGGAAGUGUAGACAUAGACUCGGUUACAGAUCCUUCAUUGAAAGCCUCCAUUCUAGCUCAGAUCAAUCAUUUUGGACAGACUCCUAAGCAACUUUUCCUCAAACCCCAUGUGAAAAGGCGGCCUUACGGAAAGCUUCCUCCUCAUCUGCUGAAGCAUUCAACGUUUCUUGUUCCACAUGAAAUACGGAAAAGCUCUUCUUCCAUUGCUCAAAUUGUCACUUUCAAUGAGAAAAUUCUCGUCACCGUGGAAAACACUUUACUUAAACCUAGAACACAUACCAAAUAUGUUGCAUGGGGUUUUCCUGAUCGCAGUUUGAGAUUUAUGAGCUAUGACCAAGAUCGUCUCCUUUCAACACAUGAGAAUCUUCAUGGUGGAAACCAAAUUCAGUGUGCUGGUGUUAGUCAUGAUGGUCAUAUCUUGGUCACAGGCGCCGAUGAUGGUCUAGUUUCUGUCUGGAGAAUCAGUGAGGAUGGGCCCCAUGCAUUAAGACGGUUGCUGUUGGAAAAGGUGCUUUGUGGUCAUGCAGCUAAAAUCACGUCUCUUCGUGUCUGUCAACCUUAUAUGCUGAUUGUAAGUGGAUCAGAUGACUGCACGAUUAUCCUAUGGGACCUCAGCUCGUUAGUAUUUGUUAGGCAGCUUCCUGAGUUCCCAGCACCAGUUUCUGCAGUCUAUGUGAAUGAUUUAUCUGGGGAAAUUGUGACAGCCGCUGGAAUUCUGCUUGCUGUUUGGAGCAUCAAUGGGGACUGUUUAGCAGUAAUUAGUACAUCCCAACUGCCGUCUGAUUCCAUACUUUCUGUUACGAGCUGUACUUUCUCCGACUGGCAGGACACAAACUGGCAUGUAACGGGUCACCAGAGUGGGGCUAUUAAGGUUUGGCAUAUGGUUCACUGCACUGACCAAGACAAGACUGCUGGCAAGUCAAAUACCAGUGGAACGGGAGGAUUAGAUUUGGAUAAGCCUCCAGAUUACAGAUUGGUGCUAAAAAAGGUCCUGAAGUUCCAUAAGCAACCAGUUACCGCUCUUCACUUAACCAGUGACUUGAAGCAGUUGCUGAGUGGUGAUUCUGGUGGGCAUUUGUUGUCUUGGAUGUUAUCAGAUGAGAGCUUGAAAUCUUCUUUCAACCAGGGAUAAUUAUGUUAAAUCGGCAUUUGUGCGAUCUUCAGCUAUUGGAUAAUCUCCUGGUUGUGUUAGAAACCCUAAUCCGGUUCUGUGUAAAGCUUUUGUGAGAGCAAUUGAUUCUUUGUUCAUUAUAACAUUAAAAAGGAAAAGCAAGACGAGAACAGGGCUGGCCAGGUGGACAAGCUAGGAUAAGUUAUAUAGAGACGUGGUGGGGAAAAUUUCUUCCAACCUUGUAUAUUUAUGUUGAAAAUUACAAAGCAGUUGAUGUCUUGAACUCUCCACUGCGAGGGUGCGGGAUUUCAGGCGACUCUUUUGUUGUAUUUUUGACAGCAGGAGGAUAUUGACUUUGAAAAUAUCACUCUACUUGUUUUUUGCAUGUAAAUAGACGGAACUGUUCAGUGUGUAAUGAGGAUGUAUAGC